AGUCCGACUGAGAAAGAAAGUGAAACAGCUAAAGGACGACAAAUUUCAGGUAUAUACUUUCUCGGUUGCUGGGGAAUUCUUUUGCCGAAUAUGUGUUGGACCAACCAAAACCCUCGCGGGCGUCCCUGAUUGAUUUUGAUGCUGACGAUUGGGAUUAUACGAUUGGCCCAAAUUCAAUUCUUUGAUUUGGGGACGGAAUUCGUUUGCGCUAGUUAUUCAGAGUAGUAUUCUGGCUAGGGUUUCGAGAGAAUGAAGGCGAUGGAGGCCAUACAGGAUCUAAUUGAAGAGGCCAAGCUUCGAACUGUUUGGUGGGCUUUGUGUAUUUUCGCUGUUUCCUACUUCUUAACGCAUACAAGUAAAUCAAUGUGGAUGAAUAUACCCAUAUCAAUUAUGUUUCUUUCUGCACUACGCAUUAUUUUUAAUGAGGUAGAGUUCCGUUGGAAGGUUCGAUCAGUUCGUCCACGAACAUAUUUAUCUCAUUUGGAGAAGAAACAGUUGUCGGUGAAUGAUUCACGCCUUUCUACCAUGCCACCUCCGCCAAAAUGGAAAAGGAAAGUUGAUUCCCCCAUUGUUGAGGCUGCAAUGAGCGAUUUUAUUGAUAAAAUAUUGAAGGAUUUUGUAGUGAAUUUGUGGUAUUCAGAAAUUACGCCAGACAGAGAGUUCCCUGAGCAGAUCCGUGCAAUAAUCAUGGAUGCUCUUGGUGAAAUCUCAGGAAGGGUUAAAGAGUUAAACCUCGUUGACUUGCUAACUAGGGAUCUAGUUGAUUUAGUAGGGGAUAACUUGGACCUCUUCAGAAGAAACCAAGCUGCUAUAGGUGUUGAAGUUAUGGCAACACUGUCGUCUGAGGAGAGAGAUGAAAGACUGAAACACCAUCUUAUGGCUUCUAAGGAGCUGCAUCCUGCGUUGAUAUCUCCUGAGAGUGAGUACAAGGUUCUUCAACGGCUGAUAGGUGGAGUGUUAGCUGUGGUACUCAGACCACGAGAAGCUCAAUCUCCUUUGAUUCGAUCUAUCGCUCGUGAACUUGUAACUUGCUUGGUUAUUCAACCAGUUAUGAAUUUUGCAAGCCCUGGAUACAUCAAUGAGUUGAUCGAAUACAUUUUGCUUGCUGCUAAAGAUGACAACCUUAAAGGGGUAGGCAGUUAUCAGUCGACUAAUGUGGCGGUUCAUCCCCAUGAUCAUCCUCUCACUGCAGGGGGUGUAUGCAAUGAUGAUCCUAACUCAAGGAAAUAUUCAUCCUCUAAUCAAGGGACUGAUAUACCAGUGGCUGAAAUUGACAGUCAGAGAGAAACAUCCUUGGAAUAUAGCACAGAAGUGCGUAUGAAAUACCGGUCUGCUGAUUGGGCACGACACCUGGAGGCGGUGAACCAGAGAAGAACUGAAGUUCUUACUCCUGAAAAUCUUGAGAACCUGUGGACAAAAGGAAGAAAUUAUAAAAAGAAAGAGCACAAGAAUAUUAAAGCAGGUUUUCAAGAUCCUAUAGUAAAGGGUUCUGGAAUAGUAAGUGUUGUAUCUAGUAAAGAUCUGGGGAAGGAAAUGUUAACCAACAAGCCUGAAAUAUCCAUAGGAACGGAUGGUAUAGCUGUAAGGCAGCUAACUCAUGGACAAAGUAUUGAUAAUCUAUUAAGUGUUUCGGACGAAACUGGGAAACAGUUCCCUCAGGAUCAUAACAAGGAAUUCAGUUUUGGGGAAGGGCGGCUCGUUGACGAAUUGGAGUAUACUAGUAGUCUUGCAACUGAUGGAAAUAAAAGUCGGCUUAAGAGAUCCAAUAGUACUUCUGCUUUGAUAGCCCAACCUGGUGCAGAAAAGAAAUUUACAGAAGAGCCUGGAAGGCCCAUUAUUUCAGAGUUCUAUAGCCCCAAUUUUGGCUGGCGUAGUGAAGAGCAUAGUGGUAGGAGUGCUUCAGAUGUGGUGCUUUACAGUGAGGCACAGCAAGUUCCUAAGCUCAGGUCCCGGGUUAUGGGAGCAUACUUUGAGAAACUUGGGUCAAAAUCUUUUGCAGUUUAUUCAAUUGCAGUGACAGAUGCAGAAAAUAGGACUUGGUUUGUGAAAAGAAGAUACAGGAAUUUUGAGCGAUUGCAUCGACAUCUUAAAGACAUUCCUAAUUAUACGUUACAUUUGCCUCCUAAAAGGAUAUUCUCAUCAAGCACAGAGGACGCUUUUGUUCAUCAGCGCUGCAUUCAGCUUGAUAAAUAUCUACAAGAUCUCUUGUCAAUAGCUAAUGUUGCUGAACAACAUGAAGUGUGGGAUUUUUUGAGUGCUUCCUCGAAGAAUUACUCUUUUGGAAAAUCUUCCUCAGUUAUGAGAACCUUGGCAGUCAAUGUGGAUGAUGCGGUGGAUGAUAUUGUACGCCAAUUCAAAGGGGUUUCAGAUGGCUUAAUGCGUAAAGUUGUUGGUCCUUUACCCACUUAUGAAGCUUCUUCUUCAAUAUCCACCCGGAACUUAUCCUGGAAUGCAGAUGAGAUCAAUAAACAUCUUUCAAGUAAUAAUACCGUGGAAACUGCGAAUAGCUUUUCUGAUUAUGAAGAAGGCGACAAGGAUGAAAAUCAUGGCCAUGAGGAAGUCAAUAGUGAAAACACUAAUGGGUGGCAUUCAGACAAUGAAUUGAACUCUAAGAGUUUUCCACCACGGGUAGUCAAACAUGGCAAAGACCCUAGGAACUUAGGUUCUGAGAAGAGGCAUGAUUUAGUGGUAAAAUCUGGUAUACACCAGGCUGGAUUUCCAGCUGCAAAUCUUCCUUUAUUCUCAAAUCAUUUGGAGGACCCAGUUGGAAUGCCACCUGAGUGGACUCCGCCAAAUGUAAGUGUUCCUCUGUUGAAUCUAGUUGAUAAGGUGUUUCAGCUCAAGAGAAGAGGCUGGCUGAGAAGACAGGUCUUUUGGAUAUCAAAACAAAUAUUACAGUUAAUAAUGGAAGAUGCAAUUGAUGAUUGGCUCUUGAGGCAGAUUCAUUGGCUUCGGAGAGAUGAUGUUAUCGCUCAAGGGAUUCGGUGGGUUCAAGAUGUUCUUUGGCCUGAUGGCACAUUCUUCCUAAGAGUAGGGAACACUCGGAGUAACGAUGAUGAUGCUGAACUUAAUCAAAAACCUUUUCAAACUACAAGUCAAUUUGGUGGCAAUAAGAUCUCCACAUUGGUGUCUUUUGAACAACAGCUUGAGGCUGCUCGCAGAGCAAGUGAUGUCAAGAAAAUGCUAUUUGAUGGAGCUCCAACGGCCUUAGUCAGCUUGCUUGGGAAUAAUCAGUACAGGCGUUGUGCAAGAGACAUUUAUUAUUUCACUCAGUCUUCUAUCUGUGUGAAGCAACUUGGAUAUGGUAUAUUAGAACUAGUACUCAUAUCAGUUUUCCCCGAGCUGCGGAAUCUUGUUGUUGAUGUUCAUGAGAAGAUGAAUAUCCCACAAUCUGUAUAGGAUGUUUGCCGGUACAUUUCUCCCUAAACCUUACUCGCGAGAGUGUGGGGUGGGUUAUCUUCCCAGGGAUCAUAAGCCGAGAAUACUGAGAUCCUCUCCAAGGUUCGUAAGAUCACAUAUUAAGUUUACCUGUCACAGAUUCAAUGGCGUUGCAUAUAGUAUAUUCAUAUUAUCAGCAAACUGAAGCCACGCAUGUUCAAAUAUUCGGGAAAUUUUUUUCUUCCUGGGAAUGUGGGAAGUAGCCUUGACUCACAUUUCAACUGUAAAAAGUCAUAGAAUUGGAGCGUGUAUAGAAAUCAUCCUGUGUAUACGUAUCUUCUGCUAACUCGAGCCAUUCUCAUUUGACAGGGAAUUUUGUAUUGUUGCAUACUCUGAGAAACAAGUCAGUGAUAUUCUUUGUUCAUUUGCCAUUUUUAUAGGUUUAUAACAUUAGUGGUUACUCAAAAGAUUUUGGUUGA